GGACAUUGAUUUAUCCAGAGCUCCGGUGCAACGUACCCAGGAACCUGUCUGCUGAACUUUAACCCUCAGAGAGCGGUAUCAGCUCGGUCGAUUUACCUUAUCGCUCGUAGAUAAAAACAAUUUUAAUUUUCAACUUGUUAGCGAGAGCAGUGGGCCUGAUAAAGACGGUCAGCCCUCAGACCAUUCCACUUGGGAGCAGAGGAGUCCCGGACAGUGCUUCGGACCUCUAAUCUACAAUCUGUCGCCAGAGGAUCUUCAGAAAGUGUUUGAGAGCUUUUAGUCCCCACACCAGGAAGAAUCAAAAUGUUGAGUAAAGAUCCUCCAGACAUUGAGAACAUCCUGGCCCUCAAUCCCAGGGUGAAGACUCAUGCUCAGAUCAUGUCCACAGCCAACAAGAAGAAGGAAAAGAAACACUGGAAAAGAAACCCUGACAGGACCUGUGAUUCUUGUGUGAAGUUAGAGAACAACUUCGACGAUAUCAAACACACUACACUGAGUGAACGCGGAGCUCUACGAGAAGCAUUGAGGUGUCUAAAAUGUGCAGAUGCUCCCUGUCAGAAGAGCUGCCCCACUAACCUGGACGUCAAAUCAUUUAUUACAAGCAUCUCUAAUAAGAACUACUAUGGAGCAGCGCGGGCCAUCUUGUCUGACAACCCCCUGGGUUUGACCUGUGGAAUGGUUUGUCCCACAUCAGAGCUGUGUGUGGGUGGCUGCAACCUAUAUGCUUCGGAGGAGGGGCCCAUUAAUAUCGGAGGGUUACAGCAGUUUGCGACGGAGGUGUUCAGUAAGAUGGGCAUCCCUCAGAUCAGGAAUCCUGAACUCCCACCAGCCAAUGAGAUGCCAGAGUCUUACCACGCCCCUAUAGCUCUGAUUGGCUGUGGCCCAGCAUCAGUCAGCUGUGCUUCCUUCCUGGCCCGUCUUGGAUAUGAUAACAUAACCAUAUUUGAGAAACAGAAGUACACUGGAGGGCUGAGCACAGCAGAAAUCCCUCAGUUCAGGCUUCCUUACGAGGUUGUCCAGUUUGAAAUAGACCUGAUGAAGGACUUGGGGGUCAAGGUUGUGUGUGAGAAGGGUCUGGGUAUGAAUGGAAUGACUCUGACGUCCCUGAGACAGGAAGGAUUUAAGGCUGUCUUCAUCGGGAUUGGUCUCCCUCAGGCCAACAGAGCUAAAAUCUUCCAGGGUUUAACGAUGGAUCAAGGCUUCUUCACUUCCAAAGACUUUCUGCCUAUGGUGGCCUUAGCCAGCAAGAAAGGCAUGUGCCAGUGUCGUACCUCUCUGCCGGAGUUAAGAGGCGUGGUGAUCGUUCUGGGGGCCGGUGACACUGCGUUUGACUGCGCCACAUCAGCUCUGCGCUGUGGAGCCAGGAGAGUCUACGUGUGCUUCAGGAAGGGCUUCACCAACAUCAGAGCUGUUCCUGAGGAGAUGGAGUUGGCUAAGGAGGAGCAGUGUGAGUUCCUGCCUUUCCUGUCUCCUCGUGAGGUCAUCAUGAAGAACGGCCGGGUUGCCGGGCUACGCUUCUGUCGCACCGAGCAGACUGAAGGGGGAGACUGGCUGGAGGAUGAGGAGCAGGUUGUCAAGCUGAAGGCGGAUUACAUCAUCAGUGCCUUUGGUUCCAUGCUCAACGAGCCAAAAGUAACUGAGGCCAUGAGUCCAGUGAAGCUAAACCGCUGGGGAACUCCAGAGGUGAACACAGACACCAUGCAGACCAGCGAGCCCUGGGUGUUUGCAGGAGGAGACAUCGCUGGUUUGGCAAACACUUCAGUGGAAUCAGUGAAUGAUGGCAAACAGGCCUCCUGGCAUAUUCACAGACACAUCCAGUCUCUGUAUGGACAGAUAGUGGAUGCAGUUCCGAAGUUGCCGUUGUUCUACAGUGCCAUAGAUCAGGUGGACAUCAGCGUUGAGGUUUGUGGAAUUAAGUUCCCCAACCCGUUUGGCCUGGCGUCCGCUCCUCCCACCACCAGCACAGCUAUGAUCAGAAGAGCUUUUGAACAAGGAUGGGGCUUCGCUCUGACCAAGACGUUUGGACUGAAUAAGGAUUUGGUGACCAACGUGUCUCCUCGUAUUGUGCGUGGCACCACAUCAGGUAAUGUGUACGGACCAGGUCAAGGCUCCUUCCUCAACAUUGAGCUCAUCAGUGAGAAGACAGCAGCCUACUGGUGCCAGUCAGUCGCCGAGCUGAAGAGGGACUUCCCAAACAAUGUGGUGAUCUCCAGUAUCAUGUGUAGUUACAACAAGGAAGACUGGACUGAACUAGCCAAGAUGGCAGAGAACUCAGGGGCAGACGCUCUGGAGCUGAACCUGUCUUGUCCUCAUGGAAUGGGAGAGAGGGGCAUGGGACUGGCCUGUGGACAGGACCCGGUGUUGGUGCGUAACAUCUGUCGCUGGGUGCGUGAUGCCAUUUCCAUUCCAUUCUUUGCCAAGCUGACGCCAAACGUUACCAAUAUUGUUGACAUCGCCAAGGCUGCUCAUGAAGGUGGAGCGGAUGGAGUAACAGCCACCAACACAGUCUCAGGCAUGAUGGGACUGAAGGCCGACGGCGCCCCCUGGCCGAGCAUUGGAAAGGGCAAACGCACCACUUACGGAGGGGUGUCUGGUAAUGCCAUCAGACCCAUUGCUCUCAGAGCCGUAUCAGCCAUCGGCAGAGCGAUUCCUGGUUUCCCAAUCUUGGCCACCGGAGGUAUCGACUCAGCAGAUACUGGACUGCAGUUUCUUCACGCUGGGGCCUCGGUGUUACAGGUGUGCAGUGCAGUACAGAACCAGGACUUCACCGUGAUCGAGGACUACUGUGUGGGUCUGAAAGCCUUGCUGUACCUGAAGAGCCUGGAGCUGAACGGAUGGGAUGGUCAAUCCCCUCCAACAGACAGACAUCAGAAGGGAAAACCAGUUCCCAAACUGGAAGAACUUGUUGGAAAGAGCCUCCCUAGCUUUGGUCCGUACCUCCAGCAGAAAACAGAAGUCAUCGCAGACUACAAGAAAAAGCUCAGAGGCGUUCAAACUGAUGUGAUGGCAACAACCAACGGCCGGGCCAGCAUGCCUAAAAAACCUGUUCCUGCUGUCAAGGAUGUGAUAGCCAGGGCACUGCGCUACAUCGGAGCAUACCAGGAACUGAACAACAUGGAGCAGGUCCAGGCCCUGAUCGAUGAAGAGAUGUGUAUCAACUGUGGUAAAUGUUAUAUGACCUGCAAUGACUCUGGAUACCAGGCUAUAGAGUUCAACCCGGAGACCCACCUGCCCGUCGUGAGUGACAACUGUACGGGCUGCACUCUGUGCCUCAGCGUCUGUCCAAUCAUAGACUGCAUCAAGAUGGUCACCAGGACAACGCCCUAUCAGCCCAAGAGGGGUGUGCCUGUUAGUCCUGUCCACUGAAGGGAAAGACAAGCCACAGGGCUCCACCUAUUUAAUAAUGGAGGUCACGUCAUCAAGAUGUUCACUUUUACUACUAAUUCUCCUGUUAGGGUUAGUGUUUGUAAAAAUGUAACUGUCACUGGGAGGAAUGUAAAGAAUCACAAAGGAGAGAACAAUGAAAUCCAAUGUGUGUAUCUGUAAAUGGGAAAUAUAGUCUUGAUUUUAAUCCAAAUCGCUCCAGUAAUCACUGGAGAAUGCGGCAGUCAGCCCUUUAAAACCAGAGUUCACAGUAGUAGCAAAAUACAUUUGUCAAUAAUCAAACCGUAAUUUAGACUCCACUGUCAUUGUGAUGAGAGAUUAUUGCAUUUACUGCAUGUGAAAUGUAUUCAUUUUAAAAGUAAAAUGGUCUAUGAUUUGAAUAAAGGUUUUGUGAUACAGCAAAGCAUCUGCA